AAAUCAGAAAUGACUUGAAGGCACACAACAAACCAAACCAAACCAUUUGUAGUGAGAACAGCCAGACCUGGACAAAAUGCAGAUUUGGGACUAAUGCACAAUUUUUAAACACCUUUUCCUGAUGAAGAAGCCCAUGAGCUUUGAAAGCUUGCAGCAUGCGUUUUGUACAUUUGGGGUUAGACCAAUAAAGGCACCGGUGUUUUGUGGAUUUUGGAUGUUAUAGUGCUCUGAUCCAAAGGGUUGGCCUUCUCUGUUUUUUGAGGAGGAGAUUGCUCUGGGUAGGUUUUAUGAAGCUGACAAGUUUCAUCCCUUUUCCAUCUUGGAUCCUGGGAGGGGCCUCCUCUGAAAGAAGAACUCCCCUUCUUCUCCUUCUCAGCAGCAUCCUCUCUCUCUGCCUGAAGCCUAGUGGCCAAAGGAUUGCAGAGCUGCUGGAGAGACCUCAGCCCUUGUGGCAUCCUGCAAGCGGAGCAUGGACUGAGAGCAUCACUGCUGGUGCCCAGCAGAUCCAAAGGUCCUGCAGAACAAGAGCCGCCAUGCCGGUCCUUAAAAACCCCCGCAAGCUUAAGAUGGCCAAUGGAGAUGCUGCCAGCAGGAGCGGGACUCUGAUUCUGGAAAAAGAGAGCCAGAGUACCAACCCCUUUGAGGAAGACCUCGAAGAGAAUGAGAGAGACUCUUUCCUUGGGAACGUCUCCCCCGACAGCAGGAACCCUUCCCCAGAAGGUGGCCAAGAGGAUUUCGAGCGCGGCCUUUUCAACGGCAGCCCCGAAGAGCACUACCGGCGCAGAGCAACCCUGGAGAGGCUGGUGGGUUUGUCUCCCUUCCGCAUAGGGAAAGGCAAGAAGAGCGUGGAGAAGAAGUCCCCAACCAGUGGGGAGAAAGGGUGGGACCGGAGGUCCUUCUUGGGACGGAUGAUGACCCCUUUGACGGACGGCAACCUGGGCCUGAGGUCCACUGAGAAGAGGAAAUCGCGCCGCUGCUCAGAGGACUUCAGCCUCCUCCAGCGUUUCAAUGGGCGCCGCAAGGAGAGCCUCUACAGUUCGGACUGCGGGCUGGCCGAGAAGGAGAACGGCGGAGCGGACACCAUGAAGCGUUUCCUCAAAAUCGGGCUGGGGGCCAAAGUGCGCAGGGCCUCCCUGGUGGAGAAGCUCAACCAGGCGGAGGUGGCUUCGGAGCCAGCACCUGUCAUGGAAGAGGUGGAAGUCAAGCCCAAGGAGCCUCUCUCAGUUCUGGAAAUCCUGAGCCUCAUCCAGCAACGGGAUCUGCUGGUGGCCGACGAACACAUCAUUGAGCUGGAAGCAGAGUGCCAAGAGGACGGGCAGACGCAGAAUUCGGAGAAUGGCAGCAGCCUCGGCAGCAGCAACGAAUGCCGAAAUGAUGGGUGCAGGAAGGCCAAAGACGUGGGUUUGCUCUAUGAAGCCCUCCAGAAGGAGCUCUGGUCAGUCCUGGCGGAGUCCCUGGCGGCCAAGAGCACCUACCUGCCCCUGGAGCUCAUGGUGCGUGUCAUUGACCAGGAGGAGGACACAGACCGCAAGUGGAUGGAGGCCCAGAAGGACGCGGCGGCCAGAUCCGGACCCCGUCCUCGGUCCAUGAAGAAGCGUUGGGCGGAGGCAGUGAACGAACUGGUCAAGCAGCGGCUGAGCCGGUGUGUGGAAGGCAGGGCUGGUCCCCUCGCCACCCAGAUGGACAGGUUGGCCAAGUGUGCCCUGGAGGACUUGUGCACCGUCAAGUUCCACCUGCUCCAUGCCUACCCAAAAGAGUAUGAGGCUUUUGGUGUCUACCUUUGCAGCUACCAUCAGGGCUUGGCCCAACACUUGGCUGAAGUGGUCCAGAAGACCUUGACCAUCUCUGAGCUCUACUUUGUCCUGGACUGGAACAGCAACAUCUACCAAAGAGAGGUUUUAGGACGGGCAGAGAUUUCAUCGCUGGUUAAGGGCCAUGAUCUGGGCCCAUUAUUGUCUCCGGAGACCCAGUUUAGUCUGGAAGAGGAUUGCAUUGCAGCCGUGAAGGUCAAGAUCAUUGAUGGCAUGAACCAAGAGCUACAGAAGGAGGAAGAGAAAUGGGUGCAAGAAAGUGAGAGCGACAACUUCCAGUUUGGCCUCUCCAGCAAAGUCAUCAUGGUGUUAAAGGCUCAUGCGGACAAAGCCCCCCAAAUCACGGAAGACUUUGGGAGAAGGAUGGCGCAUUGUUGCCUGACCAGCCUUGCAGAAUUCUUGCAGAGUUUCCAGAGAAAGGUGGAAAUUUUCCAUGAGCGGCAAACCGAGAACGGCCUGGCGACCGACAGCUACAUGGGCCGGACCAUCAUGCUGGUCAACUGCUGCCCAGCGUUCAGAGACUACGCAGAGCGUUUGGCAAAGUUCAGCCGCUCUGAAAGUGAAGCAGGGAGGCGCCAGGCAAACUCCUCUCUGGACAAAGUGACCCGGCUGUGCAACAGAGUGCUGGCGGAUCACCUCUUUCAAGAACUCAAGCCCUAUUUCCACAAACUGAUGAAAAGGAAGUGGCUCAACAACUCCGAAGCCUUCCCAACCAUCAUGGCGCUCCUCGGGGAACAUGCCCAGAAGCUGAGUAAGAUGAAGCUGGAACCCUACCAGAUGCUGGUGAAGGAGGUCCACCGCCGGGUGCUCAUUGAGUACGUCCGGCCCCUGAUGCGAGUCCGGCUCAUUUGCACCUCGUCCAAAAUGAGGACCAAAAUGGCCAACAAGCUGCGGAGCGAGGCAAAGCAGCUGCAGGAAUUCUUCAUCCAGCUGGAAUCCAACUCGUCCUGGCUGGACUCGGUCGUGCCGCACCUGGCGGGGAUCAUUGAGCUGGAAGACACGCCGGCCAUCCAGAUGGAAGUGGGGUUCCUGGCCAGAGAGUUCCCUGACUUGCAAAAGAAGCACGUUUCGGCCAUCCUGGAUAUCCGAGGGCUGCAGAACCAAGCCCAGCGACAAGAUAUCUUGGCAGCCAUGGACACCCUGGAGGUCACAGACGGUGAGGACCCUCCCUGCCAAGACCGAGCCUUCUUCACUGACAUCCCCACCAGCGAAGUCUUCUGUGUCCAAGUCCAGCUGCACCGUAUCUCGCACCUGGGUCUCUCCUGCCUCUCCAGGCUGCGCCCAAGGUCCAGGCAUCAGCAACGGAGGCGGCGACAGAGGCAGCGGCCAAAGGAUGUCAGUGAAUCGCAGGUGUGAGAACAUUUGGAAAUCCAGACUUCCUCUUUCAAACUUGGGGUGGAUAGUGGCAUAGAGGUUUGAGUGUUGGACUAGGAUUCUGGAGACCAGGGUUCAAAUCCUGGCUUGGCCUUGGAAACCCACUGAUUUACUUUGGGCAAGUCACACUCUCUCAGCCUCAGAGGAUGGCAAUGGCAAACCCUCUCUGGACAAACCUUGCCAAGAAAACCCCACAAUAGGUUUGCUUUAGGGUUGCCAUAAGUCAGAAAUGACUUGAAGGCAUGCAACAACAACAAUGGCUAAAUCUUCCCACAGUAUCCAGAUUCCAAAGAGCCCUUAAUGUGGUGUUGGCAUUGCAAGAAGGGAGAAUAUGACCCUGCUACAUACACACAUGCUUCCCUUCUUCUCUCUUUGCUUUUGUACUCAGUGCACAACAAACACCCCAAGAGUGGAUACUACUGUUCCAAAAUAGCCACACACCUUGGCUAACAGGGGGAAAAGGACACACAAAAACUCCUAUAAUAGUAAAGAAAGGGGCACUGUUUCUUUGAGACAUACACCUUGCAUAGCCUCUGCAGAGGGUCUCACCCCAUAAUUUAGCCCUUCCUUUAAAAUCACCCUUGACAAGGGGGCAAAUGAGGAAUAUCUAAUCCCGUCCCUCUCAAAGUUCACCCCAUUUCCACUCAGGCUGCAUCUACACUACAGAAUUAAUGCAGUUUGGCACCACUUGAACUGUCCAUGGGCUCCAUCCUAUGGCAUCCUGGGAUUUGUGGUUUGCAAAUUCUGCAGAUCUGUAGAUUUGCACACCACAAAUUUGCAAGUUGUCAUAGAGACAGUUAAACUACACAUGUUCAAAUUAUUGUAGAGGUGGCUGCUUCGCUUUGCUCACAAAACUAAAAAUCUCAGCGUUCCAGAGUGUAGAUGCAGACUCAGUCCCUCCUCUGCAGGAACCAGGGAGGCGCAUAAGUGGGGUGGAAAGAGGAGGAAAAUGUAUACCUGUCCUGUAAAUAAAUAAAUAAAUAAAUAAAUAAAUGCAUAUUAAUUUAA